UAGAGAAGAUUCACCAGCACUCAAAUACUCAGCCAGCACGAUCCCAGGCCAGGGGUGGAGGUUGGGGGCUUUUUUCUGUCUCCCUGGACUCUGCCGCUGACUCUCUGUGACCUUGAGAAAGGCACAGCCUUGCUCUGAGUCUCAGCAUCGCCACCUCCAAAGGCUGCUGUGAGCCUACGAGAGGAUAGAUGCACAGCGUCUGGCGCAUAGCAGAGGCCAAGGAAAUGUUAAGCGUUUGUAUUACGAGGCUUUGCAGGUGAGGAAACUGAGGCUCCAGAGAAGUGACUUGCCUAGGUCACGCAGCUUGUGAAAGGCCAGUUACGAGGCCCCUGAUCUUGAGAGUGGUCCCUUCCAGGGCACUGCUCCUGGCUGGUUCUCAAAGCUCACAGGGGCAUAAGGGACUGGGGGCUGGACAGUGGCAGAAUUAACUUUUCCCCAGGCUGUGCCCAGAUCUUCUGAGAAGCAGCUUGUAGCUGCAUGGGGGUCAGGGAGGAAAGGAGGUGUCUGGGAGAUGCGGGGCUCUGCAUCUGCUUGCUCUAGACCCCCUGGCCAGUACCCCACCCCAGUGCCGCAGGUGAAGCUAACAGCCUCUGAUACCCCAUUCAAAAAAGAACAGAUGAUCAGGUCCCCUGGCCCUGUGGCCUGGGAGGGGCUGGUCCCUGCUCUAGGACAACCAACUCAUCCCACUUUGCCUGGAGCUGACCUAGUUUUAGUACUGGAAGUCCCGUAUCCCAGGAGCCCACUCAGUCCCGGGCAGGCCGGGAUGGUCAGUCACGCUCUGUGUAGACUGUCAGCCCAGACAGUCUGGGUCUUGCCUGCUGCAAAGUCAUGGAUGUUCCCCUCUCCACCCUGACAGGUGGGCGAUUGGCCCGCUGGAAGUUCCUGUCAGAGCCACCCUCGUGCCCCUCUGACUUGGCCAUCAGCAUCCUCCCCACUUCUUGGAGGACCUUCCAUCUUUGGAGGUUUCCUAUUUUAUAGAUAGAGAACUGAGACCUGGAUGGGGGGAAGUCACCCCAGGGUCACACAGGUCCCUGACUCCUGGUCCGCUCACUCUCCUUGACCGCUGCAUCUUAGGGAUCUUGCCAUCGGCUUCACACCUGUGGGUCUGGUGAUGGGCUGUUGUUCAGGAUGCGCUGGGAUUCGGGGUGGACAUCCGGGGCAGAUCCUAGCAGAGAGACUGUCCCGCCCCCAAAGUGCUUGUGAACCCAGGCUAGAAGAGACGUACCUGGAAUGCUUAUGGUCGGGGAGUGGCCUUCCUUUCCUGGGUAAGGCUUUCAGAGUUUCUCAGCCCCUGCCCCGGAGGGCUGGCUACUCCCCCACCUGCUGGGGAGGAGCGGGAAGCUCUGAGUGUCUCCCUUCCUCUUUGGGGACUUCAGUUUCCCUGUCUGUACAGACUGAGUUUUGGGCCCCUUCCAACUGUAGCUUCCUAAAGUGAUCAAGGUUCUGUCAUGUGAACAACCCACUGGGGCUCUGAUUUUCAGUUUAAAGCAACCUGUGUGCAAGGCAGGAUGUGAACCUCUCUCUGCAUGUGUCCUGAGCCCCACCUUGUACAAAGCCACUGGCCAGACCCUGGGAGACAGCCCUUCCUCCUUGGCUUCCUUGAGAGUCUGUGCGUUCUCAGGCCUCCCGGCCAUGGCUCCUGCUCUACCCUCUCCUUGGGCUGCUGCUUUCCCCCUGGGCUGCCCGCCCAGCCCACCCCUACUUGUCAUCUCAAGGGCCACUUCUCCUUGGAAGAGUCUCCUGACAACUCCCCCCCGACCCAGGGUGGGUUAGGGGCCCCUCCCUGGCUCACCCCGGGGUGACGUGACCACACUGUGUCCUAACGGUCUGUUUACCUGUUUACUUGCUGGCUUCCCCACCAUCCUCCUUUGCAUCUGGUCACUCCCUCCCUUCCAGGAUGGGUGCCCUCUCACCUCCACACUCCAUCCCCGUGGAGUAGUGCUGUGGCAUUUCUUGCUGUGGCAUUUCUCAGCUUGGGCCGCCCCCCUCCCCCACCAACUACCCCUCCCCCGCAAGUUUCCAUGUGGUUCUAGGUGUUUUCAUGGUUACAGGAACCCAAGAGUGGCCUCGGGCUCAGCAGGGCCCUUUCUCCUACUACACACCCAAGCUUGAUCAACGUCCCCAAAGCUGCAACAAACAAGGAGGUGUGGGCCGUCACGUGGCCUUGAGUAACCACACUUUUGCUUCCUUCUUUUACACACGGCCGUUGGGGGUUGAGGCGGUCUGAGACCACAGCAGAGGUGCCACAGCCGUGCUUGGCAGCACAGGCUGGGUCCUUGUUACUAAAGCAGAGAAGCCGCUUCUCCUGGGCCCACGAGGCAGCCGUCUCAUGCUCUGCUGAGCACGGUGCCAUGUUUCUGAAACUCCUAUUGCUCCUGGCCCUGCUGGGCCCUGGAAGCAGCCUCCAGCUGUGGGAGACCUGGGAGGAUGGAACCAAGGAGGCCCCAGGCCCCCUGCUUGUCCGUGGCCGGAGAGAAGUGGAUGAGGACGACUCCGACAUAUAUGACUAUGACAUACAGACGGACCCUCCAGAAAUGCUUAACUAUAGCACCGAGGCCCCCAAGCUUCUGCCUGUGAUGGGAACAUUGGAGCAGAGAGAGUCUGCAGGGCCUUUAACACCUGAGCCAACCACUCUGGAGGUGGCCACAAGGGACCCUGCUGUCCUGGAUGCAGGAGGGGCAGCCACUGGGAAUGUGAGCAUGGAACCGGUCAUACUGGUCACUCUGACCAAAGAACCAGUCACUGUAAUCCCUCCCAUCAUGGAGGUUCCAUCCACAGAAUCAGCUGCAGCGGAGGCCCUGUCCACAGGGCCAGCAGGCAGAGCAGCACUGGCCACAGAACCUGCAACCACAGAGGCUCUGUCCACAGAGACCCUGCCCACGGAGCCAGCAAGCACAAUGGCACUGGCCACAGAACGCACAGCCACAGAGUCCCUGUCCACAGGGGCCCUGUCCACAGAACCCACUGCCACCGAGACCCUGUCCACAGAACCCACUGCCACGGAGACCCUGUCCCCAGAGGCCCUGUCCACAGAACCCACUGCCGCGGAGACCCUGUCCACAGAACCCACUGCCACGGAGACCCUGUCCGCAGAGGCCCUGUCCACAGGAUCCACUGCCACAGAGGCCCUGUUCAUGGGACCCACAGUCAUAGAGGCUCUGUCCACGGAACUGGCCACCACAGCAGUUCUUUCCAUGGAGCCCACUACCACAGGGGCCCUGCCCACAGAUCCAGCCACUGUGAAGACCCUGCCCACAAGACCUGCUACCACAAGGGGCCUAACCACAGCCCUCGCUGUGCCCUCUGACCCUCCCAAGAGCACCAUUGUGGCAGUUGGCAAUUCAUCUGAUAACUUGAUCUACAAAUGGAAAAAUGGUCAGAGUCUUUUCCCCCGGAGCUCUGUGACCCCAAGCUCCACAGAGGGCCUGCUUGACCCCAGCUCGGUGAAGCAGUGUCUGCUGGCCAUCCUCAUCCUGGCCCUGGUGGCCACCAUCUUCCUCAUAUGCACCGUGGUGCUGGCCAUCCGCCUGUCCCGCAAGAACCAUCUGUACCCCGUGCGCAAUUACUCCCCCACCGAGAUGGUCUGCAUCUCAUCCCUGCUGCCCGAGGGGGGUGAGGGGCCAGCUGCCAUGGCCAACGGGGGCCUGCCCAAGGCCAAGAGCCAGGGCCUGAAGGCGGGGUCUGGGGAGGACCGCGAGGGGGAUGACCUCACCCUGCACAGCUUCCUCCCUUAGCUCCCGGCCGGGCUGCCUGAGCAGGACCAGCCCCCAGGCGGCCUCGCUGGGCCGCCACCCAUACCCAGGCUCUAUGCCAUGGGUCCGGGCUUCCUUGGAGCCGCCUGGGGAUGGGAAUGUUUAGGGUGGGAACCCUGGCCGCCCUACACGGGACUGAGAACAGUCAAGGUCCAGGCACCAGACCAGGCCUGGCAAACGGAGCCUCCAGUGGAGGCUGGAGAGGCCGCCUCCACCUCCCUGCCUCUCAUGUGUUCUUUUUUUUUUUUCUCCCAUGUGUUCUUGACCCCCUCUAAUGCCUCCCACGGCUGCUGGAAUCUCAUCCCCAUGUGCCCAGAAGGACUCAGCGUUCCCUGCCCACACCCCCACUGCCACUUUCUUCUGGUGGCCAUGGUCACUGCACAGGAAGGGGGCACUUUUGGGGGGGUUACACCAUUCCUGAGUUCAUUUCCUGUCACUCCCGGUUUGGGGUAUCUCUCCCAGGAGCCCAGGGUGAGGGCUGUGCAUGUGACGGCUGGACAGGCUUGGAAAGCCCAAGGCUGCAGGCUUCUCUGGGACUUUGUGGACCAAUGAGCUUCCAUCUGGUGACAGAGUGACCCCCGUCCCGCCCUCCCUCGCCUCCCCCUGUGGCCUUGUUUCAGGGUGGGCUCUGCCUUCUUCCCCGAAGUCUCCCAGGGCCCAGCUCAGGGGCCCGGGAGAGCACAGACACUCAGUAAAUGUUUGGUAAACAAGCGAUGGCUGAACGAACUCUUCAAGGUACCAAGGUGCCUCCUUCAGGUGGGGAGUUGGUCCUUUGCUGUUCACGCCCGGCCCCAGGCCCCUCAGGAAGACCCCAGCACGGGCUGUUGCGGUUACUUCAGGGGGCAUCUUGCUGUUCCCUUGGGCAGCUGGGAGGCGGGGUUCAGGCUGUUGGAGGACAGAGGGUGCUGGCCUCAGGAACCACUUUUUUCAGCACCUCCCGUGACCCAGUUCAAGCCUACGGAAUUUGGUUCCCCCGCCAAAUCUCAGCCAGAUACCCCUCUAAACAUCAACGCCAUCCUCCCCAGAAGCCCACCCUGACCCCUCUGUUCCACAUGGGGCCCAUCUCCCGUUAACACCCAGCGGCCCCUCCUCACAGGGGGAGCCUGGCUACAUCCUACAAGGCCUUCCUACAACUGACCACCUGUCACGUAGAGUUGGGGGCCAGUAAACUUUUUCUUAAAGGGCCAGACCAUAAAUAUCUCGGGUUUGGCAGGCUUCUCGACUCUGUCAUCAUGGCGUGAAUGCAGCGAUUGACUCUGUGUCAUAAAUGAAGGGGUUUGGCUGAA